GUACGAGAUUAUGAACUUCCAGCGUGUAGAGUCUGGUGUUUACGACUACAUCAACACUGGCUCCUGGCACGAGGGCGUUCUCAGUCUUGAUGACGACAUGCUCCAGAUGAACCGCAGCGACAUGGUCCUCUCUGUCUGCAGUGAACCCUGCUCCAAAGGAGAGAUCAAGGUGAUCAGGAAGGGAGAGGUGAGCUGCUGCUGGAUUUGCACGGCCUGCAAAGACAACGAGAUCGUCCAGGACGAGUUCACGUGCAAGGCCUGUGAGCUGGGCUGGUGGCCUGACGAAGAACUGGAAGGCUGUGAACCAAUCCCCCUGCACUACCUGGAGUGGAGCAAUCCAGAGUCCAUCAUCCAGGUGGUCUUCUCCUGCCUGGGAAUCCUGGUCACGUCGUUUGUUGCCUUUGUCUUUGUCUUGUAUCGUGACACGCCCGUGGUCAAGUCCUCCAGCCGGGAGCUCUGCUACAUCAUCCUAGCAGGCAUCUUCCUGGGCUAUCUGUGUCCGUUCACCCUCAUCGCCCGCCCCACCGUGGCCUCCUGCUACCUCCAGCGGCUCCUGGUUGGGCUCUCAGCUGCCAUGUGCUACUCUGCCCUGGUGACCAAAACCAACCGGAUCGCCCGCAUCCUGGCAGGCAGCAAGAAGAAGAUCUGCACCAGGAAGCCGAGGUUCAUGAGCGCUUGGGCUCAGGUGGUUAUUGCCUCUAUCCUGAUCAGUGUCCAGCUCACUUUGGAGGUCACCCUCAUCGUCAUGGAGCCACCGGAACCAGUCAAAUCCUACCCCAGCAUCAGAGAAGUUUUCCUCAUCUGCAACACCAGCAACUUUGUGGUCGUCGCCCCUCUGGGCUACAAUGGCCUGCUUAUCCUGAGCUGCACCUAUUACGCCUUCAAGACCCGCAACGUUCCUGCAAAUUUCAACGAAGCCAAAUACAUCGCCUUCACCAUGUACACCACAUGUAUAAUCUGGCUGGCGUUUGUGCCGAUCUACUUUGGUAGCAACUACAAGAUCAUCACAACAUCCUUCUCCGUGAGCCUCAGCGUGACUGUAGCUUUGGGCUGUAUGUUCACACCAAAGAUGUACAUCAUCAUUGCCAAACCAGAGCGAAAUGUGCGCAGUGCAUUCACCACCUCUGACGCUGUGCGCAUGCACGUCGGCGACGGCAAGAUUGCCUGCCGGAGCAACAGCCUGCUCAACAUGUUCAAGAGGAAGAAGAACCCUGGGAACGGCAGGAUCACCUGUUGUAAAGUGUGACGGAUAUAGGUC